UAUGUUAAUAGGUUUGAACAGCCAUUUCCCCCCUCACUAUCAACAUCCGGUGCAUUUAAAACGUUAAAAAUAUAAACCGUUAACUCCAGGUUCCUUAAAUGUGUGGCUUCUGAAGCAACACAGGGGGAAUCAAACAAGUAGAUGGGCUGAGGUAGAAUGUUAUUCAAGCUAGCUGCAGUUAGGAAAUUAAUGGGAAUUUUUUAGUAUUGGGAUUACAAGAUUGUCAUAUAUUAGCUGCGAUAAAAUGUUUCUCAAAGCUAAGCCAACUGCAGCUGGGAAAUUUUUUUGGGGCUAAAUCUUUAAUAUUGGAAAAAAGAUUAGGUCAUAGAGAAAUUAAGUGGGCGGGGGAGUACAGUGCAUUUGAUAAAGGGAGACUGGGGAGAUCUGGAGGAUGAAAAUGCGCAGGAGAAAAAGAAACAAAGGCCCAAACAAAUGGGCCAAUCCUGUGUUAGCGCGGUUUUUUUUUUUUUUUUUCAAAUUUCACCCAAAGAAAACAUGUUGGUCUUUAGCGUGACGUUAGUAAUUUUGGAGGACCAAUGGAAGCAUAUAUAGGAUCAGAAAAUGUAUUUUCAGGACAAUGCUGUUUGCUCCGUUAAAAAAAAAAAAAUCAGUAUCUGGAAGAAGUUAUCCUGCUUAAAGGAACCGUUUGCAGAAUUGAAGGAGGAAGGGCAUAAUGCAUGAUUACCCAAUCAAAAUGCCCAGAAUACAUAGACUAGAAUUAUCAACCAGUCCUGAGUCACAGCUCGGGAUUUGUGUGUGUUGCUCGGUCCAAUCAGAACUUACUUUUACUCUAUAAAUAAGGUGACUGGCGCUCAAGUUUUCAUUUCUUGUUUGCUAAUUUCUUGCUCAAGAUGGCUCGUACUAAGCAGACCGCACGAAAGUCUACUGGCGGCAAGGCCCCUAGAAAACAGCUAGCUACUAAGGCCGCUCGUAAGAGCGCACCAGCUACUGGUGGUGUGAAGAAGCCUCACCGGUAUCGGCCCGGCACUGUGGCCCUGCGAGAGAUCCGCCGCUACCAGAAGUCCACCGAGCUACUCAUCCGCAAGUUGCCCUUCCAGCGACUGGUGCGCGAGAUCGCUCAGGACUUCAAGACUGAUCUUCGUUUUCAGAGCUCAGCCGUGAUGGCCUUGCAGGAGGCCAGUGAAGCCUACCUUGUGGGCCUUUUUGAGGACACCAACUUUGUGUUCUCUUUCGCCAUGUCUGGGCGCGGUAAAGGAGGCAAAGGUUUGGGUAAAGGGGGUGCCAAACGGCAUAGGAAGGUGUUGCGGGAUAACAUCCAAGGCAUUACUAAGCCUGCCAUCCGUCGUCUUGCUCGGCGUGGCGGCGUCAAGCGGAUCUCAGGCCUGAUCUAUGAGGAAACCCGCGGGGUACUCAAGGUAUUCUUGGAGAAUGUUAUCCGGGAUGCCGUGACUUACACUGAGCACGCUAAGAGAAAGACUGUGACUGCUAUGGACGUGGUGUAUGCGCUCAAACGACAGGGCCGCACUCUAUAUGGUUUCGGUGGUUGAGUUUAAGGAUUUCUUUAAAAAAAAUAAAUAACUGCCUCUUUUCCUUCCUUCGCCUUCCUCCAAUCUUUCCUAAGGCUCUUUUCAGGGCCAUCACCUUUUCCUUUAAA